UAAAAUUAAGUCAAAGGUACAGAAUGUCUUUCUUCCGGCACUGGCAGUUUGCGAGCGUCAAUUGUUUAUUGUCGAAAUGCUCGUCUUCGACGCUUACGCUGCAGUGCACGAUUUGGUUCCGUACGAGGCAAAUCGAGCUUUUAUUGCAUUAUGGCCCAAUUUACCGCAAGUGAAUAUACGGAUAUGAUUAUCACGUAUGGAAUGGCGGGCGAAAAUGCAUUGGCCGCGAAACGCUUAUACGCGGAAAGAUUCCCCGAACGUCAACAUCCGUUGCGAAGGACAAUCUUACGAAACGUCCAAAGAUUGCGAGAAACGGGGUCUCUCCUUUCAAAUGUACGACCCGGAAGAGCAGUGCAUCUGCACGUCCGCGACGAGGAACGAAUUCUACGGGAAUUUGAGAGAAAUCCCGGAUACAGUGUGCGUCGAGCAGCAAAUACACUCGGCAUAUCCAAGGAUGUAAUACAUCGCACAUUACAGAGGAACAGACUGCAUCCGUAUCAUUACCAACGGGUGCAGCAGCUUCUUCCCGGCGAUUUACAAUCGCGCGUCUUUUUUUGUGAAGGUAUUUCUAUUAUCUUUAUUUGACAUUUGCAGUGUAUUUAUCGCCUAUUCGUCUUAAUUAUCAGUGAAAUACGUA